AUGACAAAGAAAAAUAAGAAUGUCAAGAAGAGAGUAACCUUUUCGGAUGACACUACUAUAACUACUCAUCAUACCCACAAGAAGAAGGACUUAGAUUACGACCGUCCUCCUGUUUAUAUCAGAAAGACUAUAACUACCGUUCCUUUCCAUCUAUUAGCAUUAUUAUAUUACUACAUAAAAGUAUCCAAUAAUUAUGAUACGUUGAGAUUACUACUUACUUUGAUUCCACUUCAAAUUGCAUAUCUGAUCUUCCAAUUCAACAGAUGCACAAUAUAUGGUAACAAAAGAUUAAAGAUUAAUAUCCCACUUUUACUAAUAACAAUCGGAGGCUCCGUAUUGCUUAGUGUCCCUGCAAUGGUCAUUAUUAUUCUCUUUGGUGCUCCAUUCGUUGAACAUAUAUUUCAAACUUGGUUAUUGGCAUUACAUGCAAGUUUUCUAGCCUAUCCAGCUUUAUACUCUGUAUUUAAUUGUGAUUUCAAAGUUGGUCUGUGGAAGAAAUAUUUCAUUGCGAUUAUGAUCGGUGGUUGGAUCAGUUGUGUGGUUAUUCCUUUAGACUGGGAUAGAGAAUGGCAAGUAUGGCCAAUCCCAGUAGUGGUUGGGAUAUAUCUAGGUGCAUUUGUUGGAUAUUCAAUUACCGCAUACAUAUAG